AUGGAGAAAGUUAUGAGUUCUAAUUGGUCAGAACAAGGGUCAGAAGAUGAUGAACUUUUAAGAGAGCUUUUAGAUGAUGAGACUCCUCUUUUUAUGUUGCCACAAGAGAGAGUAAAUGAAGUAAGCAACUAUACAAGUCUUGAUUCUUCAAAAGACCAGCCUUUUAAUAGGCUCAUUUCAAAUAUUUAUUCAGGUCCUACUAUUUCAGAUAUUGAAAAUGCUUUGUUAGUUACUAACCAUAGAGAGCAUUUUCCACAAAUUUCAUCAAGAGUUUCUAUACUGGAAAGAAGUUUGAGUAAGAUUGAGAAUAAGUAUACUUUGAAAAUUAAAUGCUUUGGAAAUGGAAUGGGUGAUGAUGGAUAUAGGUGGAGAAAGUAUGGUCAAAAAUCCAUAAAGAAUAGCCCAAAUCCUAGGAGCUACUAUAGGUGCACCAACCCAAGAUGUAGUGCUAAGAAGCAAGUUGAAAGAUCCAAUGAAGACCCUGAGAGUCUUAUAAUCACUUAUGAAGGGCUUCACUUACACUUUACUUAUCCUUAUUUCCUAGUGGGCCAAUCACAUCAAUCUAGUUCUCAUCCACCAAUCAAGAAGCCCAAGCCCACCUCUUCACAAGGCCCAACACAAGCCCAUAAAGGAAACAAUGUUCAUGAAAGCCAGAAUAUACAAGAAGCCCAUGAAGCCCAAGCUAGUGCUUCUUUGGGACUCAUAUCACCCACUUUAUUGGACUCUACACAAGAUUUGGUCCAAGAAAAUUUGGGAUCACAAGGUUCUGGUUGUUCCACUUCCACCUCUUGUUAUGCUGUUGGCUUAAAUCCAAGUGUUUAG